AGAGGAACCCUAAGUCCCUGACUUUCUUUAUCUACGUUUUCCCUUCUAAGAUUAUCCGUUUCUUCCAUAACCACAUCUCACAUCUGCUUAGCGCCGACCGCCACCAAUCAAACAUGCCAGGCGCCAUAGUCGAAGAAAUUGAAACCCAGCAGAAGCUCGAGCACGAUGAGCACCCAAUCGUUGAGGACGUUAAAGACGAGGAUGACCACGACCAUGAAGAUGCCGAUUCCGACGAUGAUGAGGAUGACAAGGAAGACGGUGCCCAAGGUGAUGCAGGUGGGAAUGAGAGCUCAAAGCAGAGCAGAAGUGAGAAAAAAAGCCGCAAGGCAAUGUUGAAGCUGGGGAUGCAACUUGUUCUUGGUGUGAGCAGAGUCACCAUCAAAAGAACAAAAAACAUGAUGUUUUACAUCUCUAAACCUGAUGUCUUCAAAAGCCCCAACUCUGAUACCUAUGUCAUAUUCGGAGAGGCAAAGAUUGAAGAUCUGAGCUCACAACUGCAGACUCAAGCUGCUCAACAGUUUAGAGUGCCUGAUUUGAGCUCUGUUAUGGCAAAGGCAAAUACUUCUGCUGCAGUUGAUGCACAUGCAGAGGAAGAAGAAGAAGAGGAGGUUGAUGAGGCUGGUGUUUCUGCUGGAGAUAUUGAAUUGGUUAUGACACAGGCAGGUGUGUCUAGACCAAAGGCUGUCAAGGCUCUCAAGAACCAAAGUGGGGACAUUGUCAGUGCUAUCAUGGAGCUCACCACUUAGGUGACACUUAUUUUAUUGUCUUUCCUUCUCUUAGUUUUGGAUUCUUUCUUUUUACAUUGAGCAGUUUUGAUUCUGCAAUGAGAAUGCAUUGACAAUUUCAUCAUCA